AUGAAGAUUAAGUUUCAUAAUGUUGGUUUUGGCCCGGGUGGUAAGCCAAUUUUCCCCAAAACUGCUACCAUCCCCAGAAGAAAACUUCGCGUGGAAAGUGUUAAAAGAGUAAAUAGUCCGAAAAAAAUUAACAAGAAUGAAGAAACCGAGAAAACGAGGGCGAGUUCACCGAAGCCAACAAAAUGGCGUUUUCGCUCGAGUAGCUGUAGUCCGUCUCAUCGAAAAAGAAAUUGUCAAAACGGAAGAAGUCCGUACAAGUUUUACCCGGCUCAACAAGGUGAAAAUCUUGUGCACCUCAGAGGAUGGCUCCCUCUGAUUAAACAAAUUGCAGAAGAGAUUGGAAUGGACUAUAUGGAGAAGAGAAGUCCGACAAAGGUGUUUGCCAUCGUUUCCAAACUUGACGAUUGGGACGUAAACAAGAUCAUACCCCCUGUGCGACUUAUUUGUGAUGCGAUGGGAUUUUACCAUCUGGAAGUAUUUUUGGUUCUGAAAGAGAAAGGACAUUUUAAGUCAGAAGAUCAUGCGAGAAAUUUGAUUCUCAAACUGCUCGGACCGAAUUCUAAUUUUGUGGUAUGUGGAGGCAUCGUAGAUUUUGAUGAAAGUGGAAACCGUCUGGGCUACGACCCAAAACAUCUGCGAAAGUGGGAAAUGCCUUUUAAGCGAGUGGACAGUGACAUGUGUGAGCUGUUACACGAACCGAAGAACCGGAAGCGCCGUGCAGGCGAUGUUCUAUAUAAUGUAUGCAACCCGUGCAAGAAAUUGCACCUCCGAAUAUCCAGGGCAUUGAGGUAAGAUAUUUUUUUGUUUGUUCACUUAUUGUAACUAUUGUUUGCCUGUCUGUUCAUAAUAAAUUAAGUACACUAGCUUUUUUAAUGAUAAAAUUUUAAUGUACCAUAGUUAUAACGAUUUAUCUCAAUGAUGUGUUGUGUUAUUGUAAAACUUCAGCGACUUCAAUGGUUAUUUUAUUAGAGGUGGAAGGGCUGAUGCAAAUUGAUACGGGGGGGGGGGUCACUAAUCUUUAUGCAGGCAAAAAUUGAGACCACAUAUAUUUAUGGCUUCCCUCCUUUUUUUCUUCCCCCUAUCCCAUCUCUAAAUAAUGACUGGUCCUCAAAAAAUAAAAUAAAAAUGAGGACAAAACCAAUUAAUUAAUAAGAACCUACAUGGAAGUAAGAAAUAGUAUAAAAAUAAUAAAUCAAAUAAUAGCUGUCCCUUGAUUAAUCACCUUCCUCAAUUAGUCGCCUCCCUCAAAUAAUCCCCCCCAUAGAUGGAAAUAUAAAUAAUCACCUCCCUCAAAAUUAAUAAUCACUCACCCCCACCCCUUUCACCAUCUUCUCUUUCAUUUAUCCCAGCCUCCCUGUCAAUUUGAAGUGGAGUCUGAUCCAGCAAAACUGAUCAGUGAUAAUUCAUGGAAACUUAACCAAGGAACCAAAUUUUGAACACUCAAAUGGGGAAGGAGGAGCCAUAAGAUUAUAGUUAUUGUUUCAUUUAUUUAUAUUUUUAUAUUUAUUAAAGGCUUAAAGAUCUGAAUAGUAGCCCACGUACCAAGCCAACGUCCAAGUGCAACUGGAAGUAUCUAAGCCCUAAGUCAAAAAAAAAGAGAAGGAAUGCCAUUUCAGUUGACAAGCGGAAACUAGAGAGGGAAGUUAGAAAGUUAAAGUCCUACAACUGCAAACUUAGUGACAAGCAGGACCAGGAGAUGAGAAAAAUUGUAAAUGUCAUAGAAAAUGACUUCCGUCCUGAAUUGCAGCAUGUUAUUAAUGAUUCAUCAGAUGAAGGCAGUGGGAAAGCAGAUGUUCUGAGAGCUGUCACCCUCGUUCUGGAUUUUCUGUCCUCCCUCAAAACCUGACUAGUUUCCUCUUUGUCAGAGCAAACAGCUAAUAUUGGAACAAAUAACAGAAAUCCCCAUUUAACCGCUCACAGAAAAUGAUAAAACUUAAUAUACAAGUUGAAAAUCUUAACUCUUUUCACUUAAUAAUAUUCAAUAAUUAAAGGAUUAGAUUUAGAUACCAGUGAAUUAUGAUCCUCUCAGUGAACAUUAAAAAAGCUAAGCAGUAUGAAACUAUGAAUUAUUUCGUUGUACGUUUGUCAACUCAAGGGUUAAAUUUAUUCUGUCAUUUUGUGCAUUAAGGGCAAUACACAUUGCUGUACUGUAUCAUCAAUUAACAGAAAUGAAAAAUAUUUAUAAAUAGACUUUAUACUCCAUCAUGGGAAACUUCAUAGCAGUCAUUAAAAACUAAUAGGAAUUUGUGUACAAUGUUCUUGUGUAGGAAAUGGUGUGCAUGGAAAUAG